CUCUCCAAAAGCGAGACCAGCAGAGAGAGGGAGAGACGGAGAGGGAGAGAGAGAACGAAAGGGUUCGAAAGCUUCUAUUCUUUUCCAAUUUUUUUCCCACGAUUCGGAGGAGCGGGAAGUGGGAAACGGAGGCGGAAUCGAUCGACCCGCGACGGCCCCGAUGAUGAUAGCCUACGCGGAGCGCUUCGUCCACGAGAGCGACGCCGAGGCGAGGCAGGACGACGGCGUCUCCGGCCUCGACCUCCAGCUCCAGGGCAUCCUGGACUGGUCCCCCGCCGCCGCCGCCGCCGCCGCCAGGGACUUCGGCGGCCUCCGCUCCGCCAAGCCCCGCGCCGUCGUCCGGCCCUCGGGCGCCGACGACGUGGCCCGCUCCGUCAGGGCCGCCCUCCGGUCGCCCAGCCUGACCGUCGCCGCCCGGGGCAACGGCCACUCCAUCAACGGGCAGGCCAUGUCGGACGGCGGCCUCGUCGUGGACAUGCGGGCCGCGGGCGCCGGCCACUUCCAGGUCGUCGUCGGCGCCGGCGCCGGCGCCGGCGGCGCCCACUACGCGGUCGUCGCCGGGGCAUUAUGGGACGACGUCCUCGAGCGGUGCCUGAGCUACGGGCUGGCGCCGCGGUCGUACACCGACUACCUUGGGCUGACGGUGGGGGGGACGCUGUCGAACGCCGGCGUCAGCGGCCAGGCCUUCCGCCACGGGCCGCAGACGUCGAACGUGACGGAGCUGGAGGUCGUCACCGGCCAGGGCGAGACGCUGACCUGCAGCCGGAGCGACAACUCCGAGCUCUUCUUCGCCGUCCUCGGCGGCCUCGGCCAAUUCGGCAUAAUCACCAAGGCGAAGAUUUUGCUUCAACCCGCACCCGACAUGGUGCGGUGGAUAAGAGUGGUGUAUGCGGACUUCGGCGAGUUCACCCGGGACGCAGAGUCGCUGGUGACUCGGCCGGACGGCGACACCUUUGACUACAUCGAGGGGUUCGCGUUCGUGAACAGCGACGACCCGGUCAACGGCUGGCCCACGGUGCCGCUUGAGCCGGGCCAGCGGUUCGACCCGUCCCGGCUGUCCCCCGACGCCGGCUCGGUCCUCUACUGCCUGGAACUGGGCCUCCACCACCAGAGGAGCAACCCUCCCUCAGACGUCGAUUCGGUGGUGGGCAAAUUGCUGGGGCGGCUGGGAUUCGUGGAGGGGCUGGAGUUCCGGCGGGACGUGGGGUACGCGGAUUUCCUGCUGCGGGUCCAGAACGCGGAGCGGGACGCCAAGGCCACCGGCCUCUGGGACGCGCCCCACCCUUGGCUGAACCUGUUCGUGUCUCGGAACGACAUCGCCGAAUUCGACCGGGUGGUGUUCAAGGGCAUCCUGAAGGACGGCGUCGGCGGCCCCAUGCUGGUCUACCCCAUGGUCCGGAGCAGGUGGGACAAGCGGACGUCCGUGGUGCUGCCAGAAUCCGGCGAGAUCUUCUAUCUCAUUGCCCUGCUCCGGUACACCCUCCCGUACCCGGAGGGCCCGUCGGCCAAACAGCUGGUCUCGCAGAACCUCGAGAUCCUGAAGACCUGCAAAGAGAACCGGAUCGACUACAAGCUGUACCUCCCCUACUACCAGUCGCAGGAGGAGUGGAAGUGGCACUUCGGGAAGCAAUGGGGGAGGUUCGUGGAGAGGAAGGCGAGGUUCGACCCAAUGGCAGUCCUCGCACCAGGGCAGAAGAUCUUCUCGAGAUCGUCGGUGCCCGGGAAGAUCGCAAGCGACGGUGGCCCGGCGGGUCUGCAUUAGGGUUUUUAUCUUUUGUCCUUUCCAUUGCAAGAUUGGUUCUGAACAAUGUUGGGGAGCGAUGUAAAUGGAAUAUUUUUCGUGAUCAAAAUCGAAAAUUGCUUCUUGGGUCUU